GGGUGACGUCACCUCCGUCUCUCAAACCAUGGCCGCGAGGACGGGAACGACCAACGUGAAGACUUUGCUGCAGUUCAUUCACUCCAUGGGACAGCUGAAGAGAGUACCUCGAACAGGUUGGGUCUACAGAAAUGUAGAAAAGCCAGAAAGUGUGUCAGAUCACAUGUACAGGAUGGCAAUUAUGGCACUCUUAACUGAAGAUCAAAAACUCAACAAAGACAGAUGCAUAAAAUUAGCAUUGGUUCAUGAUAUGGCAGAAUGCAUUGUAGGUGACAUAGCACCAGCAGACAACAUCAGUAAAGAGGAAAAGCAUAGGAGAGAAGAAGAAGCUAUGAAACAUUUAACUGGUCUGUUAAGUGAUGAAGUGGGUAAAGAGGUCCUGGGGCUUUGGGAGGAAUAUGAGAACCAGUCUAGUAUUGAAGCCAAAUAUGUGAAAGAACUGGACCAGUUUGAAAUGAUUAUGCAAGCUUUUGAAUAUGAAGAGCUGGAAAAAAAGCCGGGUCGAUUGCAGGAGUUUUAUGAUUCAACAAAAGAAAAAUUUCAUCACCCCGAAAUUCUUCAACUGGUAGCAACAUUAAAUGCAGAAAGAAAUUCCAGGCAAGUGAAGGCCAGCACCUCAGAGGCACAGUGUUUUGGGGAGAAUGGGCCAAGCAUAUUGCCUCAAAGCACAAAACUCUAGGACAGCAUUGUGGAUUAUAUGAAUAAAUGUUUUUUUUUUCUAAAAUUGCAUCAAUAUUUAUUUUGAACCAGUAAAUCCAUAACUGAACAAAACCAAAUACUUAGUGACUAAUGCAUUGUGACUUUCUAGUGUAUGAAGAAUGUAUGUAUUUCCUUAGACAUUGAGUAUUUCAAAUUUCAGUGCUUUUUAUUUUCCUAAGAUAACAUUCAGCGUAUUUAUUUUUAUCAGGGCAGUUUUAAAUAUUUGGAUGAAAUGGAUGUAAAGUUAUUGAUGUUCAAGCAUUGUGUUCAAAUUUUUAAAUCAGGUGGUUCUGAGCAAACAGCUGGGUCUCUUUUUCUUGGGAUUUUCAAUCACUUGGGCUACAGGAUUCACUACAAAAGAUAUUUAACAACAUGUUUGGAGCAGGGUCCAAUCAUUUGAACUUGAAAAUUGGAAACAGGAUCUAAUAAUGAACAAGUACUUGGCUUGUUUAGUGUCAUUAGAAGUACCUGGUACCCAUGAAUAAGCCUAUCAAAGCCAUUGUUUCCUCAUUUUUCUUUAAGUUACCAUUUUAAAAUGUCUCCAAUAGUGCAGUAGAGCAGAUGUUUUAAUUAAUCAGUGAUUCUAGGAGAACAAAAAAUGUUAUUAAAUGUGCAACAAUUUAAAAGUAAACUAAUUUGAAUCCUGACAAAGCUACAAAAACUUGCAUUCAUUGUCUUAAGGUCUACAUGAUACAAAAAUAUUAGUUCCACUGUGUAGAAUUGUUCCUUUCAGAACAAUUUCUACUUUUAUGCAUUUUUUUAAGUAACUGGUAACUGUUUUGUGCAGCAUUUCCUGCCUGUCAUCUGGAGGAAGGACCAGUAGGAAAAAGAGGUAGUUUUGGGUCUUAGAGGAUUGCAAGAUACCACCCACGCUUUAAUCCUUUUCCCUAUAAAACUACAUUUCAAUGCUCCAAUCAGUCUGCAAGAUUUCAUGCUGGCAGAGAAUGAAUGCAUACCAAUUUCUUUAAGAAACUCUGUUAAGGUAACAAUGCAAAUUUUCUGUGGUGUAACCAUAAAAUCAAACCUAAAUUACCUUAACUGGCAUUAUAAACUGCUCCAAUAAA